AUGACAGAUGCGGAAGCAGUGGCAGGCGGAAUUGCUCAGCUACCAUGCGACGUGAAACCACCACUCUCGGGGGACAAGCUGCACCUAGUUAUUUGGUAUAAGGAGGAGGCAGAUGCACCGAUAUACAGCUUCGACACCAGAGGGAGGGAUAGUCCGGAUCAAGGGAAUCACUGGCAAGAUCACAGCCUAGAAGGACGUGCGUUCUUUAAGCACUCCGAAAUUCCAGCGAAACUCACUUUGGAAAAGGUCCGGGAGAGCGACGCAGCUGUUUACAGAUGCAGAGUCGACUUCAAGCAGUCACCGACGCGCAACAGCAAAGUCAAUCUAACGGUCAUCAUACCGCCGGAGCAGCUUAGCAUAUUGGACGAAGACGGAAGGUCUCAUAUUCCCCAUUACAUCCUUGGCCCGUACAGCGAAGGAGCAUCUCUCAAUAUCACGUGUGUCGCCGCCGGUGGGCGACCGCAACCACGAGUGACAUGGUGGCAGGGAACUUCUCUACUUGAUAACAGUUACGAGACUGUGGAUACUAAAAGGGUUCGGAACGUACUGCAAUUGGAAAAGUUAGGCCGGGAACAUUUGCGUGCGUUUCUGACCUGCCAAGCCACAAACAACAACAUGGUGACACCGAUAUCAAGUUCGGUGUCACUCGACAUGAAUUUAAAACCGCUGUGGGUCCGGAUUCAAGGAGAGAGCCGACCACUUAGCGCCGGCAAGACCUACGAGAUAGGUUGCGAGGUUGUCGGAGCCAGACCAAGCCCGACGAUCACAUGGUCCAAAGGAAACAUGAUAUUGCGAAAUGCACGAGAGACGCAGACAAGUCCCGACGGCAACGUUACAACCAGCAUCCUCACAUUCGUACCUGGUAUCGAAGACGCCGGAAAGAUCCUCUACUGUCGUGGCGGCGUGCCAGAUAUUCCGAAUUCGGAGUUAGAGGAUGGAUGGAAGCUCAAUAUAUUCCACGAGCCUGUGGUUACCCUCGAGCUUGGCAGCAAUUUGAAUUCGAGUGCUAUUCGGGAGGGUAUCGACGUUUACUUCGAAUGCAACAUCAAGUCCAAUCCCUGGGUUUACAAGGUUUCCUGGCGCCAUAACGGCAAUCCGCUAUAUCACAACAGAGCGACUGGAACGAUAAUAAGUAAUCAGAGCCUGGUGCUGCAAAGUGUCACUCGCAGUAGAGCUGGGAUUUACACAUGCAUCGGCAAUAAUCAAGAGGGCGACGGCGAGAGCAAUCCACUGAACUUGGACAUAAAGUUCGUGCCGGUAUGCCAGCACGGUCAGACGAAGGUAUUCGGCGUGGCGCGACAGGAGACCGCGAGGAUCCCCUGUGAGCUGGAGGCGAACCCGCCGGAAGUAUCGUUCACCUGGAAAUUCAAUAAUACAAUGGAGGCGGUGGACAUACCUCAGGCGCACGUCACGAGUGAUCGUACUCGCUCGACAGCCUCCUACACACCAAUGACCGAGCUGGACUAUGGCACUCUCCUUUGCUGGGGUAGCAAUGACCAGGGCACUCAGCUUGAGCCGUGCGUCUACCAUAUCGUGCCAGCUGGCCGCCCGGACACACCGCACAACUGCUCCUUAUUAAAUCAAACCACCGACUCGAUCUACGUGGAAUGUAUAGAAGGCUUUGACGGCGGCCUACCGCAAAAGUUCACCAUGCAAGUGGACCGUGAAACCGGGUCCAGCAAGAGCGGCGGUCCUACGACUGUCUUCAACCAGACGAGCAAGGUGCCCGUCUUCUCCGUCAGCAAUCUGGAUCCCGGCAGCAACUACGAGGUUUCCAUUUACUCCACUAACGCCAAAGGUCGCAGCGAGACCGUGCAUUUUCGCGCCACCACCCUGAAUCUCCCUGAGAGACGAACAGCAGGUGAGAGGCUGGCGCAACCACCCUCGCCGGAGAAUUGUACGAUCCGAGAGGAGAGCCAGACGACCGUACGGGUGAGCUGCGCCGAGAGCGAGCUCGACUUCGACACGAACACGGCCAUCUACGUACUACAGGUCUUCGACGCCGACACCAGGCGACUACUGGCGUCCGCAACGAGUCUGACGCCGAGCAUGCUCGAGGUGACGGAUCUGCCGGUCGACAGAAGCCAAUCCGGUCUCAUGCUGUCCCUUAGGAUCAUGACGGAGCAGGCCAUGAGCGAUGCCACGGUCCUCUUCAGUACGCACUUUGUUCAAGAGGGUAAUACCAAUAAGGAGCACCACCGUUACCCAGCCCUCACGCCAGUUAUGCUGUCGCUGUCGGGUCCGCUAUUGGGUGCCGUGGUGGGAGCCACAGCGGGAUUGCUUCUGGUAAUCUUCGUGAUCGUGCUGGCCGUCAAGCUUCGCUAUCGACCUCGAUCUCAGGAGGACUCUCAUGACGACGGCGGCAUGGCGAACCUGGCGGCGUCGGGAACCGGCGCCUCGUCUCCGCUUGACAAAUCGUCGACCUUGCCCCUCAGUACCGAUAGCAUCGAGAGCUUCGAGAAGAAUCCCGAUAUAAUACCACAUGCAAACGAGAAUUCAUAUGCGGAAUUAUGCAAAAGUACAUCACCACGAUAUGUACUGCAGCAGCAACGCCCGGAAGUGAAUACCUUCGCAACAACAAACAACGGAUCCGAGUUAACAUACGUCGAAUUAGCACUAAGGGGAAACCGACGAAUACCUCCAAAUUGCUACCAGCCCGUGCAAAUCUCCAGCAUCCAACGGCCCCAGAUGCUGCCUAUGUCGACUUUGACGCGCAGACAGCCGAUCCAGGAGCCGACGAUUUACGCGCAAGUCGCCAGUCAUUCUAAACCGAUUUACGUGCCACCGCCACAUCCGUACAUGAAUCGUUCCAGCGACGAAACUACGGCGGAGACACCAUUGAUCGGACACGACAAUAAGAUCACUACGAUCAGCCAUUCAAGUAGCUCAAUUUGGCGCACCGACACACCGCCUUCCUCGAAUGCGCCAACGACAUGAUUCCAACAAGCUGCAUCGUAAUUCCAU